ACAAGCCGCCGUCACACACCCGAGCGGAAAAGGCAGCAAUGAGCUCCUCCUUUCCAAACUGUGACUCCGCAACGUCAUUGCUGAAAACCUCAUCGAGAAGAUCCACGCACGUCCACGAGCGCGCGACGGAGAUCCGGGGGAGCCAUCAUCAGCACCAUCGCCACCGUCCUGCCGCCGCCGCCGGGCUCCACAGCAACGGAACCGCCGAGGAGGCUCUCUUGUCGGCCGAGAGCGACGUCAGCGCCCGGAGACCGCUGUGCCACCCUUCGGUCGUUGGAAGUCGGGACAGAGGUGAAUCCGUGAGGGUCAAGUGUCGACCCCACGUAUCUGACAGCCACCUCGUGGACCCCCCUGAGCCUCACGGCGAGGCCGGCCGCGGCGUGAGGGAACGCGGCACUCACCGACACCACCGCCGCAGGAAGCACAACCGCGAGGAGCGACCGCCCGAACCGGAGCCGCCGCCGGAGCCGGAGCCGGAGCCGGAGCAUCGCCGCCGUUGCCGCGCACGCCCUCCCCCGGGGAUGCCCUCUCUUUUGCACAGCCGCGACGACAGGACUCCCCUGUGCGAGCCGCCGGAGCAGGAGAGGGCAGUUUGGAGCAAAAGCGGGGGCCAGGCCACUCGGUCCCCGCCGUCCGCCAGCUCUCCUGUGCCGCUGUCCAGCACCUCCUCUCGCCGCUCCCGGAGGACCAGUGCUGCUUCGUCUGCAUCGGAUGGCAACCUACGUGCCGUCCUCAAUUCACUCUUUGGUCAGGACAGAGAGCUCCGUCCAGAGGAAAUGGAUGAGUUGCGGGACGCAUUUAAAGAGUUUGACAAGGACAAGGAUGGUUUUAUCAGCUGUAAAGACCUUGGAAACUGCAUGAGAACUAUGGGAUACAUGCCUACUGAAAUGGAGCUGAUCGAAUUGAGCCAGCAGAUAAAUAUGAACCUGGGCGGUCAUGUUGAUUUUGAGGAUUUUGUAGAGUUAAUGGGUCCAAAACUCCUUGCCGAAACUGCGGACAUGAUAGGAAUAAAAGAAUUAAAAGAUGCCUUCAGAGAGUUUGACACAAAUGGAGAUGGUGCCAUAAGUACGUCUGAGCUCCGAGAUGCAAUGCGAAAGCUUCUGGGCCAUCAGGUGGGUCUAAAUGAAGUGGAGGAUAUUCUGCAGGAGGUUGAUUUGAAUGGGGAUGGGCUUGUUGACUUUGAAGAGUUCGUACGAAUGAUGUCUCGUUAAGCUCAUCCAAUGAUCGGUCAUAAAUGUGAAGCCUCACCCCUCGCAAUACUUGAUCGAAUAGAAGAGAGGACGCGUUAAGAUUUCUGAGCCAUUCAAAUUUUGACUGACACUGGAAUUUCAACUCCUUGAAUGUUCUGGAGUGAAGAGUCACCUCAAACUUUCAAUCAAUGUGUUCUUCCUGAAAUAUCUCCAGUCCAACUGAGGCAGAACUUGCUGUAGCCUAGCUUAUGAUUGUACAUUUGUUUUUGCACUUUUUUGCACUUAAUAAUGUCCCGUGUGCAUAGAUUGCAGGUGUUAUGUCUCAUCUUCUCCAUGGUGACAUUAUUGUCUUAAAAUAUUGCCUUCUUCUAUAUGUUAGACAAAAUCAGGAUAUGAGAAUACCUGCUCGUAGAUACGACUUAAAGAGUGCACUGUUAAAUGUUUUCACACUUGAUGUGCUGACCAUUGUCUGAUGAAAAAUGUAUAUUUGGGAUGUCCUUUCUGUGACAUUGGUGCCCCACCUUGGAGCCCUUGUAGCAAUACUGCAUCUGUAUCAGACCUGUGUGUGAUCAGCUGUUAUUUGUCACUGUGCUAUUGCUAUUAAGCAUCACUCAGACAGCCACAUGAAAUGUACAAAAUCAGAACUGUGAAAUCCUAUCAUUAAUGUUAUUCCUGCAAUCAGACCACAAGCAGUUGAUAUAACAUACCUCUUGGCUCUUGAUAUAAAACGUUUAGAUUGAUUUCCUGGUGAAGCUGAAAUCUAGACAACCAAAGUUCUAGCUGUCUCCAUCCUGUUGUGGUUUUCAGCACACGCCACAGUGAAUUUAGAGAAGUUUCACAUCACACAGUAUUUCCUUGCUCACAGGCUCAAAGUCACUGAGUUGUCAGUCUAGCUUUAGUAACACAAAAUGUUGGAAUGACAUGUGUGAACAGUAUUUUACAGUGAGUGUCAGUAUCAAUAUGAUUGUCGUUGUGGUAAGGUCUCUCAAAUAUCUGUGGUUGAAGCAAAUUCUAUGCAUGUCAAAGAGAGACGUCCGUUCAAUAUGCACAUUUGGAUUUUGGCCUCACAUAAUAAAAAUAUUUUGCCAAGUACAGUGUACAAAAUAAAUGUCAAGACGUUGCAUUCCUA